AUGGCCGCCGCCUGGCGCUCCUCGGCCUGGCUGCCGCCGGGUCGCCGCCGCCGCCCUCCCGCCGGGGCCCGCUUCCUGCGCGUCUCCCUGUGCCUGCUGUGCUGGGCCCCGGCGGCUGUGGACGCGGUCCCUGAGCACGGGCUCUGGACAAAGACGGUCAAUGACAAAACAGGACCUUUGAUAUUUAGGAAAACUAUGUUUAACUCUACUGAGAUCAAGUUUUCUGUUAAGUCAUUCAGUUGUUCUGGGCCUGUGAAGUUUACCAUAGAGUGGUAUUUGAAGUAUCAUACCUGUCACAAUGAAUAUCCUGAGCUGGAGGAGAUGUCCCAAAAACAUGAACUUCGUGUUGAUGAAGACUUUUGUACUUUUUUCAAGAACAUUGACUGUUGGACAACAAAAAAUGAAAACUUAGAUUGUAAUAGUGAUUUACAGGUGUUUCCCUCAUUAAAUAAUAAAGAACUAACAAGCAUCAGAAAUGUUUCAAACCAGGAAAGAUCAAUGGAUGUAAUAGCCAGGACACAGAGAGAUGGCUUUCACAUCUUCAUUUUUUCUAUUAAGACAGAAAAAACAGACGCCAGCUGGAAUUUGAAUGUUUCUCUUUCUAUGAUGGGGCCACAUGGAUAUAUAUCUGCAUCAGAUUGGCCUCUAAUGAUUUUUUACAUGGUGAUGUGCAUUGUUUAUAUAUUAUAUGGUGUACUUUGGCUGAUGUGGUCUGCCUGUUAUUGGAAAGAUAUUUUAAGAAUCCAGUUCUGGAUUGCAGCUGUUAUUUUCUUAGGAAUGCUUGAAAAAGCAGUUUUUUAUAGUGAAUACCAAAACAUCAACAGCACUGGACUGUCAACCCAAGGUUUGUUGAUAUUUGCGGAGUUGAUAUCUGCGAUCAAGAGGACAUUGGCUCGCCUCCUUGUGAUCAUUGUGAGCUUGGGUUAUGGCAUUGUGAAGCCUCGUUUAGGAACAGUCAUGCACCGGGUGAUUGGACUGGGACUGCUUUAUUUUAUCUUUGCAGCCAUUGAAGGCGUGAUGAGAGUUAUUGGGGCGAAUGAUUCUGAUCUUGUUCUUCUGGCCAGCCUACCUCUCUCUCUCCUUGACUCGGGCUUGUGCUGGUGGAUAUCCUUUUCCUACCGCAGUAGCGUGCUUGGCUGGCUCUGCUUCACUUUGGCACAAACUAUGAAGACUCUAAGGCUAAGAAAGAACACUGUGAAGUUCUCAUUGUAUAGGCACUUUACAAAUACUCUCAUCUUUGCUGUCCUUGCUUCUAUAGUGUUUAUGGUAUGGACAGCUAAGACAUUUAGAAUUGCAAAAUGCCAAUCAGACUGGAUGGAACUCUGGGUUGAUGAUGCAUUUUGGAGCUUCCUUUUCUCACUUAUCCUUAUUGUGAUAAUGUUUUUGUGGAGACCAUCAGCGAAUAAUCAGAGAUAUGCCUUCAUGCCCUUAAUAGAUGAUUCUGACGAUGAAGUUGAAGAGUUCAUGGUAACAUCUGAAAAUUUAACUGAAGGAAUAAAAUUAAGAGCCUCCAAAACAGUUUCAAAUGGAACAGCUAAACCUACUUCUGAUAAUUUUGAUGAAGAUUUGAAGUGGGUGGAAGAAAAUAUUCCCUCUUCAUUCACAGAUGUAGCUCUUCCAGUGUUAGUAGAUUCAGAUGAGGAAAUUAUGACUAGAUCAGAAAUAGCUGAAAAAAUGUUCUCUUCUGAAAAGAUCAUGUGAUUGGGACCUAUGUAAAUGAAAUGAAUGAACAAGAAAGGACUGUCUUUCCUCGAGACUGAAAGUGCUUUGCUGUGAUAGAGGAUAAUAAGUUAUUACUGUGUUGUCUUGGAAAUCUAUGUAUUAAAAGGGAAAAAUUCAGGUGAUGGGAGGGUGUUGUAGCCCUCAUAAAGCCAACUUUUAAAUGUGUUUAAUUGUCAUUAAAUUGCCUGAAUUUGGAAAUAACCUGGGGGGAGUAUUAUGAUAAUGAUAUAUGCACAAAGCCUGUAUGUUGACAGUGGCAGGUAUGUGAAUUUGGUUUCUGUCUCUCUUCUCUGGCAAAUAUGACAACUCCAGAAUUAAAAAAAAAAAUGUAUGAACACUCCACUACUUAUGUGUGCGAAAAUGUGAUUCUUCUGAGGUAUAGAUUAUCCGUGUCUCUAUCUUUUGCAGCUAUAAUUUUCUUUGACAUCUAUAUUGAAGUGACAAUGUUGGAACAUAAGCAUGUUUAUGUAUUUCAUUUUGCCUUUGUUAUUUGGUUUGCCCAAAGCUCUUGUUUGUAAAUACUCUCAUGUACAUCAAAUCAUGGAGUUAGGCCUUCUCUGAGCUAGGGGAACACAAGAGCUCUGGGAGAGAAGUCUUGAGGGAUACUUCCAAAGAUGUGCUCCCUCAGACCAUAGAUCCCUGUGCUGCUGUUGGUCCUUCUGUGACCCCUGACCACAUGGCUCCCCUGACGCUGGCUCACCCAGCCAGCUGGAAGGAAGGCCCAUUCCUCAUGAAACUUUUGGGAACUAGAACUGUAUUGUUUACAUACUCUUGGCAUUUUCUGUUUCAUAAUAAAAAAAAUUACUUAAUUA